AUGUCCAGCUGCAGGACGAGUAUUGUGUCCAUUCUCAAUAAUGACGACCAUCCAUCCUUCGCGGUUCGCUCCGCACCCCGACUCACUCGGACUCAAACUUCGCCAUCUUAUCACCAUCACUCACAGCUGCCCCCGCCCGAGUACCCCCAGCCUCAUGCUGCAUCCGAGUCUCCAGCUGCAUCACCCCGGGGCUCCAGACACCCCUUCGACCCGGUGACAGAAGCCGUCCAGCCCGUCUCCCCGGGUUCUUCCAAUGGCUCGGCCUACGACUAUAUCACCAGCCAGCCAGCCGGUUACCACCCGUAUGCCCGACAAGACCCGCGCCAAGAGCCCUACCGAUUUCCCGCGCGCGGCCCCGCGCCUCCCAGGACUCCCCCAGAGGCUCGGUCGACUUCUGAAACCGCUCAGCCUGGGCCCCGGGGCACCGGGAGAAAGAACAAGUACCCGUGCCCUUACUCCGCCAGCCACGGCUGCUCUGCGACCUUCACGACCUCCGGCCAUGCAGCUCGUCAUGGCAAGAAGCACACCGGCGAAAAGAGUGUGCAUUGUCCAAUCUGCAACAAGGCCUUCACGAGAAAGGAUAAUAUGAAACAACAUAUCCGCACUCAUCGUACCCACUCUGAUGAUCUGCGCUCGACGUCCGAGCCCGAAUCUGAGGCACGAUGGACCGUGGCUCGUCCGGACUCCUCGUUCGCGGCUGCUUCCCAUCAACGCAAUAUCAGCCAGCUUACGGAGCCAGGGGCACCUGUUCCUGGAUCUGCUUCGAACGCACGCUGA